AUGGCGGCUACCGACGGAAAGGAAAUGCUAUGGAUCCCCGCGGAGCUGUACGAAGGAAUUAUCAUUGGCAUGGAGAACUACAUGCCAAACGAACGUAUCGACAUCCUGACCCCGGAGUCGAUGCUUGCAAUUAGGAACGCCCGUCUAGUGUCCUCUGCUUGGCAUGACGUUGCUUGGAAGUCUUUUGCCAAGGUUGUUGCUAAUACGCCGUUCUUCGCUACCCGCGACAGCAUCCAUGAUCUGGAUGAAAUUUCUCAGACGAAGGUCGCCAAAUAUCUCGAGACCAUCACAAUUUGCUGUAAGAUGUUCCAGACACAGCCUACAACCUUCCAAGGAUCACCAGAUGCCCGCAACGGACUGAGCAACUGCCUCGAGUCGCAGCGGAUUUACAGGGAGUCUGCACGCCGUCUUGGCCGCCCUGGCCCUAGCCCAUUAGAGACUCGUUGCGAGUUCGAAGCAGAUCUCUUGAGGAUCUUCCGCCGCUUCCCAAAUCUGAAGCACAUCCUGUACGUUCGCGAUGUUGAAGUGCAUAUGAAGGGCUGGCCACACCCAAAAAACCAGACCGAGAUCCCGUCCGGGAUCUACAACAACGAGGGUGAUGGGUGGUCUGCGCAAUCCCCCCUAGACCCACACUCCAUCCUUGAGAACAUCGCCAGAGCGCUCGCGAUUGCCAAUAUCAAGCUUGAGAGCUUCUCGAGCCCUUUCCUAGACGGAACGAGGCCCUGGCGCAAUUUCUUGACCGAGAAAAUUUUCCGGUACGACCCCGCCGACCGGAUCGCUUUCAAUGGCCUGCCGAUAACCGAAAUGGAUAACUUCCCGAGUUUCGGCACCCUUCAUGGUAUGCUGCACGGCCUCGACACGUUCGCGGUUAAUUACCGCUUCCCUGACGACCCUUUCGAGGACCCGUACCCGUGGAACUUCCAACAAGUCCUCUGCAUCCUCGAUAAAGUCCGCAAGAUCGAUCUCGCUAUCUCGGAUACUAGGCAUGGAAAUGGUAGCUCAAGGUUGUGGAAGCUUUUCCUGGGUGAGCCCGAUGUGGCUUUCAUGACAGAGGAUGAAUGGAGGCGGCGGAUGAUGCAGGGGGUACCCGAAUCUUGGAACGUCGAAGAUCUCCGUAUUUCGUUCCACACCGCACAGAAGGUCAAUGGAAUCGACAUGGUGGCGGCCUUGGAGCGGAUGCCUCGCCUGCGCCGACUCGCGAUCGGUUACGCCGAUCUUGUUAAUGGACAGGACUGGGACGCAGUCUUCGGACUACUCUCCGAGAAGCUAGAUCUCGAUCAUUUCUUGCUGCUUCAGCCGCUCCAGGAUGGAAAGCCGCACGAGCCCGGCCCUAGAGCGCAAAUGGCGGCUGAAGCGGUGAAGGUGGUGCAGGAUCCGGACUUCGUUGGUAGAACGGGCCAGCAGAAGUACCUCUGCUUCCGUAACUAUGAGUAA